UCGUCCUGUUCGCCCUCGUGGCUGUGGCCUGCGCCGCCCCCCGCCCCGAUGCCCCUCCUUCCUACGGCCCCCCCGCCUACAAGGAGCCUGGCAUGCCCUUCGACUUCGCCUACGCCGUCAAGGACGACUACACCGGCAACGACUUCGCCCACGACGAGACCAGCGACGGCAAGGUCACCUCGGGAUCCUACCGCGUCCUCCUCCCCGACGGUCGCACCCAGAUCGUCACCUUCACCGCCGACCACCACAGCGGAUACGUCGCUAACGUCGCCUACGAGGGCGAGGCCUCCUACCCUGCAGCCAAGCCCGCCGCCUACGCCCCUCCCCCUCCCGCCUACGCCUAAGCACCAAGCCUUCCUCCUUCGCCUGUGAUACCAACAAACACCUGCCGUUCGCCUUCCCCUUUUGUUGUCUCGACCUGUCGUUCCUCAGGCUCGUUCCCGCUCGUUUCGGAGACGCCGCUUGAGCGCCGCUGUCGCUGCCUCCGCUGCGGCUGCGCUUCAGCACCUGCCUCCUUUUCCUGUCCGAUAGUUAAAAGCAGUUUUAUUUAUUG